GUUAUCUACAUCCUGACGCUUCUCAGGAGCAGCCUCUCAGUAUGGCAUCAUUACUUCCAAAGCUGAUGAAGGCUCUGGUCAAGAAAGAGGAACAAGCAUCAUACACCUAUGAAGAAAUACCAGUUCCAGAACCAGCAGAUGACGAAGUACUCAUCAAAGUAGACUGUGUGGCAAUCUGUGGUUCGGACAUUGCUUUAUACAAAUGGGACAGCGUUGCCAAAGUUAUUGCAACCAUUCCAUUUGUCCCAGGCCACGAAUGUGCCGGCACUGUAGUCAAAUGUGGACCUGGUGUUACAGAAGUGUCUGUUGGGGACAAAGUAGGAGUUGAAAAUCAUUUCUACUGUGGUGAAUGCUACCAAUGCAAAUAUGAGGAUGGUGCCAUAUGUUCGAAUAUGGGUCAAUUUGGACAUGGUAAAAAGACACGCAGUGGUGGAUGUUCUGAAUACACAACUGUACCAGCUAGAUAUCUCUAUGUGAUCAAGAGUGAUUUAGAUGCUGAACAGAUUGCACUAUUAGAACCUCUUGGAGUGGCCCAUAAUGCAUUGGAACGCCUGGAUGUGAAAGGUCAGGAUGUGCUAGUUACAGGCUGUGGACCAGUAGGACUGUUUGCUCAGGCUGUGGCCAAAGUUCUGGGAGCAAAGAGAGUUAUUGCUACUGACAUUGAGAAUGCGAAGCUAAAACUUGCUAAAGAGAUGGGAGCUGACAUAACAGUGAACACAAAAACCAAGGAUCUGAAAGAGUUUGUUGUGGAGCUGACAGAUGGUGUUGGGAUGGAUCGCAUCUGUGAAUGCAGUGGAGUUCCUUCUGUUGUCAAUUCCACUUUCUCACUGCUACGUAAAGGUGGCCAAGUCAUGCUGGUGGGCCUCCCCAAACAGCCCUUGCAGAGAGAUGUUCUGCAAGAUAUAAUAUUCAAGGCAUUAACCAUGCGCACCGUGCAUGGCCGACUCAUAUUCCACACUUGGCAAGAGAUAGAGAAGCUAGUGGCUGAGAAAAAGAUUGAUGUCAAGAAAGUUGUUUCUCAUCGUUUCCCAAUGUCCAAGUUUGAAGAUGCUUUCAAGGCCUUGUUCAGUGGAGAAGCAUGCAAGAUUUUGAUGGAUCCUACAAAAUAGAAUUUUAUGGCAUGUAUCAGAGAGCCAUUUCCGUUAGUGGGCCCUACUUAAUAGACAACAAUUUUUUUCUCUUUUUCUGUCCAAAUGAAAAAGGAGACACAAAGGCAAGCAUGUUUGCUAAAGAAAGAUUUUGUUGUGCAUCAUUCCAUCAGUGUAUAAAAAUUCCAUCUACAAA